CGGCGGGCGCUUCCGGGUCGCCUGCGAGUCGUUUGGCCGGGCCAUGGCCUCCCCCGGGCACCGGGACGCGCCGGAGCUGCCGGACUUCGGGCUGCUGAAGCGGCUGGCGCGGGACGAGCUGGUCUACCUGCUCGAGCAGCUGCCCGGGAAGAAGGACCUGUUCCUCGAGGCCGACCUGAUGAGCCCGCUGGACCGCAUCGCCAACGUCUCCCUCCUCAAGCAGCACGAAGUGGACAAGCUCUACCGCGUGGAGACCAGGCCGGCCCUCAGCACCAGCGACCAGUUGUGCUUCCUAGUCCGCCCGCGCAUCAGGAGCGUCAAGUACGUGGCAGACAUCGUCAAUGCUGAUAAGGCUGCUGGGAGGAUCCGCAAGUACAAGAUCAUCUUCACCCCUCAGAAGUUCUACAAGUGUGAGAUGGUCCUGGAGGAAGAGGGGAUCUAUGGGGAUGUGACCUGGGAUGAGUGGUCCUUCUACCUGCUGCCUUUGGAUGAUGACAUCAUCAGCAUGGAGCUGCCCGAGUUCUUCCGGGACUACUUCCUGGAAGGGAAUCAGUGCUGGAUCAGCACCGUGGCCCAGGCUUUGCAGCUCAUGAGCUCCCUCUUUGGACCGCUUUCCAGAACUUACGGAAUUGGCCGGUGUGCCAAGAUGGUCCACGAAAUCUGGCGCGAGGUAGCGGAGGAGAGUGAAGGGGACAGCCUGGGCCGGAAGCCAGAGAUUGGUCAAGUGUUCCUCCUGGACAGAGAUGUGGAUUACGUCACAGCCCUCUGCUCCCAGGUUGUGUACGAAGGCCUGGUCGAUGACACCUUCCGCAUCAAGUGUGGGAGUGUGGACUUUGGCCCAGACGUCACCUCCUCUGAGCGGAGCAUCAAAGUCCUGCUGAAUGCCCAGGAUAAGGUGUUCUGCAAGAUCCGCAACGAGCACUUCUCCGGCGUGUUUGGCUUCCUGAGCCAAAAGGCACGGAACUUGCAGGCGCAGUAUGAUCGACGCCGUGGGAUGGACAUCAAGCAGAUGAAGAACUUUGUGUCCCAGGAGCUGAAGGGCUUGAAGCAAGAGCAUCGCCUGCUCAGCCUGCAUAUAGGGGCCUGUGAGUCCAUCAUGAAGAAGAAGACCAAGCAAGAUUUCCAGGAGCUGCUGAAGACGGAGCACGCGCUUCUGGAAGGGUUCGAUGUCCGGGAAAGCAUUUGCUUCAUUGAAGAGCACAUCGACCGGCAGGUCUCCCCCAUUGAGAGCCUGCGUCUGCUGUGCCUGCUGUCCAUCACAGAGAACGGACUGGCCCCCAAGGACUACCGCUCCCUCAAGACCCAGUACCUGCAGAGCUACGGGCCAGAGCACUUGCUGACCUUUCACAACCUGAAGCGCAUGGGGCUGCUGACGGAGCAGGUCCCCGGGGAGACCCUGACGGCUGUGGAGAGCAAAGUCAGCAAGCUGGUGACUGACCGAGCUGCAGGGAAGCUCUCCGACGCCUUCAGCUCUCUGGCCAGGAAAAGCAAUUUCCGAGCCAUAAGCAAGAAGUUGGGGCUGAUCCCGCGUGUGGCCGGAGAGUACGACCUGAAAGCGCCCCCGGACAUGGCCUACGUCUUCAGCGGAGCCUACACGCCCCUGAGCUGCAAGCUGGUGGAGCAGGUGCUGGAGCGGAAGAGCUGGCAGGGCCUGGAGGAGGCGGUGCGUCUGCUGAGCGGGAACGAGUUUGUGGCCACAGGCAAGUACACCGCAGCAGAGGAGAACUCUUGGGAGUCGCAGCGCAUCAUCCUGGCGGUCUUCUUAGGGGGCUGCACCUUCUCGGAAAUCUCGGCCCUGCGCUUCCUGGGCAAAGAAAGAGGGCUCAGGUUCGUGUUCCUGACCACGGCCAUCAUGAACAGUGCGCGCCUGCUGGAAGCCAUGAUGGAGAGCAGAACAUGAAGGAGGGGGCCAGGGGGCUGAUCUUCCUCCCUAGGGGAGCUGCCUUGCCCGUGACACCCUGCCCCUGAAGGGGGUGUUUCCAGGUGGAGGCCCCACCUUCUCCUGGGGGGAGUGCGUGCUUCUGUCUGCCUCUGGUGGGGGGGGAGAGACUCUGUGCCCCCUGCUCUAGUUUCCCAGCUGGCUGGGGGGGGAGGGGUGUUUUCUGAAGCUUCUCUUUUGGUUUGUCAUCAGAAUAAACCGUUGUCGAGGGGGCAGCCCA